AUGUCGGCCCGGUCCACCUCCUCCCGGCGCACCAACCCGUUCGACUCCUCCUACGGCCUCACAAACAUCUUCGUCGGCAACCGCGACGCCAACUGGCUGGCCAUCGACGCCACCCUCACCCGGCGGUUCUUCCUCACCGUUUCUCCAGACAUCUUCCACACCGUUGUUCGCAAUGGGGACGAUGCCUACACGGUGUGGACCAAGAUCAAUGGCCUCUUCACCGACAACAAGCUCCAACGGAUUGUUUUCUUGCAGCAGGAAUUUUUUGGGUGUCAUCAGAACGACUCCACCAUCGACGCCUUUUGUCUCCGGCUCAAGACCCUCUCCGACGAGCUCAACGACGUCGGGUUCAAGGUAGCAGAUGGUCUUCUCCUUUCGACGCUCACCGCCGGCCUCAAGGAGCACUUUGGCAACGCCGCGUCCAACCUCACCCUCAUGGCCAACCCCACCUACGAGCGCGCGGUGGCAUAUCUUCGUCUUGAGGACCGGCGGUUGAAGAACCUUCGUAACCGCGCUGCUCACACCGCCCUCGCCGCCGGCCUCUCCCGUGGCGCCCCUACAACACCACCGGCGCCUCGUACGCCGGUUCCUGCGCAGCACCCGCUGCCGCCGCCGGCGCAACCGCCGCCCCAACCGCCGCGCAAUGACGGGAACGGCGGGAAUAGCCGCCGCGGCCGCGGCGGCCAGUGCCAAGGAGGAGGGAAAGGUGGCGGCGGUGGCCAACCUCCGCAGCCACGCUACGGCGGGUAG